AGAAUCACAAUAGCGUAAACAACAACUACCCCCCCCAAACGAUGGCGGCCAUGCGAAGGAAGAACUACUAAAUUUCCAAAAAUACCCCCUUCAUCAACACCUUGUUGUAUUAACCUGCCCUGGCUUUUCGGUCAACCCAAAAGGUGCACUACACCAACUUUCUCCACCAACUUUCUUUUACAGUAUAUUUUUAAUUAAUCAUUAAUCAUUAAUCAUAAUCAAUAAAAUACUAAAAUAAAAUAAUACUGAGUUGAAUCAACAAGCAUAAUAUAUAAUCAGCAUUUGUUCAUUGAAUCAACAACCACAGUUGUUUUGUUUUUCCAAUGGCUUCUUCACUUUCGCUUACAACGCCAAACUCAAUAAGCGCUUCUUCAUCAGAAUCGCUUCGACAACACAGAUCCAUCAAAACGUGCUUCCUCGCUUUUGAUCUUUCCAAAUCAACUCAAUUCAAAACUAACCUCUCCGCUUCUCUUCGAACAACUCACCAAAAUCCUUUCAAAUCCUCUCUAAGAAUUAGAUGCUCCCAAACAGAUGGAAAUGGAGUUCCUGCAAAGAGGACUGUACUUCACGAUCUUUAUGAGAAACAAGGGCAGAGUCCGUGGUAUGAUAAUCUCUGCCGACCCGUUACAGAUCUGAUUCCUCUUAUUGAAAGUGGUGUCAGAGGUGUCACGAGCAACCCAGCGAUCUUUCAGAAAGCUAUCUCAUCUUCAAGUGCUUACAAUGAUCAGUUCAGGGAACUUGUGCAAGCAGGGAAAGAUAUUGAUAGUGCAUAUUGGGAACUUGUAGUGAAGGACAUUCAAGAUGCUUGCAAACUAUUUGAACCAAUUUAUGAUCAAACCGAUGGUGCUGAUGGCUAUGUUUCUGUUGAAGUAUCACCCAGGCUUGCUGAUGAUACUGAAGGAACCAUAGAAGCUGCAAAAUGGCUUCAUAAACUGGUUUCUCGCCCCAAUGUGUAUAUUAAGAUUCCAGCUACAGCUGCUUGUGUCCCUUCAAUUAAGGAAGUGAUUGCCAAUGGAAUAAGUGUGAAUGUGACUCUGAUAUUCUCUCUUGAAAGAUAUGAAGCUGUAAUUGAUGCUUACUUGGACGGUCUUGAGGCAUCUGGGUUAAAUGACCUCUCGAGAGUCACAAGUGUUGCCUCGUUCUUUGUCAGUCGAGUAGACACUCUCAUCGACAAGAUCCUUGAGAAAAUUGGCACUCCAGAGGCCCUUAACCUACGUGGCAAGGCAGCAGUAGCUCAAGCAGCGCUAGCUUACCAACUCUACCAAAGGAAAUUUUCUGGUCCAAGGUGGGAAGCUUUAGUUAAAAAAGGGGCCAAAAAGCAAAGGCUCCUUUGGGCCUCUACCAGUGUCAAGAAUCCUGCCUAUCCUGACACCUUAUAUGUUGCUCCGCUUAUUGGACCUGACACUGUAUCUACUAUGCCGGACCAGGCCCUUCAAGCAUUUAUCGACCAUGGUGCCGUAGCCAGGACAAUAGACUCAAAUGCAUCUGAAGCUGAAGGAAUAUACAAUGCUCUUCAAAAAUUGGGUAUUGAUUGGAGCUAUGUUGGUUCACAGCUUGAACUCGAAGGAGUGGAUUCAUUUAAGAAAGCCUUUGACAGUCUCCUGGAUUCACUGCAGGAGAAGGCAAAUUCUCUUAAGUUGACCAGUAAGUGAGGUGUGAACUUUUAUGGUUAAAUUUUUUCUAUGUAAUGUACGGUGCCAUUUACGGAUUAAUAAAAGACGGCAGCUACGGGUUGUGAUGUGUGCUGCGGGUUGUGAUGUGUGCUGCUGUAAAUUUGCUUCAUGGAAUCAUCGGCGAAGAUAGUGAUACAUUAUUAGUUGGAAAUUAUCUGCUUCUAGGUAAAGCUUUUUUGUUACUUUCCAUGUACCAUGUAUGCAGCUUUUUAGGGAAACACAUUUUCUACAAUAAGUGCGCCAUGCAACUUUCAAUCUCGACAAUAUGAUCUAAAUCAAUGGCAGAGUUUGUUUAAACUUA